AUGAGCUCUCGAGGCGACGAAGAUCUCAUCGACUACGAGGACGAACAUGACGUGGUUCCCACUGGAGGCACUACAGCAACUGCCAGCGGCGGGGCAGUGGACGACGACAAAGACAAGAAAAACUUCUCUGGCAUCCAUUCGACUGGUUUCCGUGACUUUUUAUUGAAGCCUGAGCUGCUUCGCGCUAUAAGUGACCUUGGCUUCGAGCAUCCCUCUGAAGUUCAACAAGAGUGCAUUCCUCAAGCCGUGUUGGGGAUGGACGUUCUGUGCCAGGCCAAGUCUGGUCACGGGAAAACUGCUGUGUUUGUCCUCGCGACAUUGCAGCAGCUUGAACCCGUCAAUGGCGAGGUCUCCGUCAUUGUCCUCUGCCACACGCGCGAGCUUGCAUUUCAAAUCAAGAACGAGUACUCGCGUUUCGCCAAGUACAUGCCAGACGUCCGCGUCAGCACGUUCUACGGUGGAACUCCAGUCGUCAAGGAUGCAGAGACCCUCCGUGACAAAGCUCGCUGCCCUCAUAUCGUCGUCGCCACCCCAGGUCGUCUUAAUGCAUUGGCGAGGGACAAGGUUUUGGACGCCAAACACGUCAAACAUUUCGUACUCGACGAGUGCGACAAAAUGCUCGAACAGCUCGACAUGCGCCGUGAUGUUCAAGAAAUUUUCCGGUCUACCCCGCACCACAAGCAAGUGAUGAUGUUCAGUGCGACCUUGGCGAAGGAAAUUCGUGGCACUUGUAAAAAAUUCAUGGCCAACCCACUUGAAAUCUUUGUCGACGACGAAACCAAACUCACUUUGCACGGUCUCCAACAGCAUUAUGUCAAGUUAGAAGAGAACGGCAAGAAUAGGAAAUUGAAUGAACUGCUCGAUACUCUCGAAUUCAAUCAGGUCGUCAUCUUUGUAAAAUCUGUGGCGCGUGCCAAUGAGCUCGACAAGCUUCUUGUCUCGUGUAAUUUCCCAAGUAUCAGUAUUCAUUCGGGAUUGGCACAAGAGGAGCGUAUUUCCCGGUACCAAGCCUUUAAAGCUUUCGAGAAGCGUAUUCUUGUCGCUACCGACAUUUUCGGUCGAGGUAUUGAUGUGGAACGAGUGAACAUCGUUGUCAACUACGAUUGCCCUCCUGAUGCAGACAGCUAUCUCCAUCGUGUUGGUCGUGCUGGCCGUUUCGGAACCAAGGGUCUUGCAGUCACCUUCGUCUCAUCCGACUCAGACCAGCAGGUCAUGGCCACCAUUCAAUCGCGGUUCACCGUCGCUGUUCCAGAGUUGCCGGCUCAUAUCGACCCCGCAAGCUACAGUAAGAACGCGUUUGAGACGCGUCUCGGCCAUUUCACCACUCCCAAGGCUCGACCGUGGCAUGAUACUGGGAGUAUGACACUUUUGGCGGAGGGCAGCAGCCUCAAGGAUGAGUCGAAUGUUUUGGCUAAAAUUGCACCAACGCAGUCCAACGGGUCGAUGUGUCUCGAGCGAGAGGCCCAUAUACUGGGGCGGCUUACAACCUCUCCGGAAGGCUCUCGCCAUGCGUUGCGGAUGAUCGACUUCUUCAACAUCCCCAAGGACAGCGGCGACGUCGUUGUCUUAUUGGUGGUUCAUCCAGGAAUGAAUCUUCUGGGUCGCUACCUUCCUCCCGCCAAGAUAAACGACCUUUUACUUCCUGAUGCUUCUCGAAUCCGACCCCAGUCAUCUCAUGGCGACGCCUAUAUGAUGGAUAUUGAAGAACCCAAUCUACUAGAUGAGGUCGGCGGAUUUGAUAUCAUGGACUUGGCUACUUUUCUCGAGCGAGUUUGCCAUUCAAGCAACCCAUUGCCUGGAAGCGAUGCAUCGUGCUGGUGUUGUUCACCGAGAAGGUUCCUCCCUAUCAUGUUUAAACUUUCUUUCUUCGCUAACUUUAGUUCAGUCCGUGCCAACGCAUUUCAUCUCAACUCCCACUCUGGCCUGGUCCGCUUCGUACACUUUGGGAACCGGGCCAUUUCUCUUGAAUCCUUUGGCUCCCCUUCAUCUCUGGUUAUCCGUGCAGUCGACGAAUUAGAGCGGGUCAAGGUUAAAGAGGCCCUCUGUUAUCUCGCACCAGAACAGACCGGCAGUAUCGAAACCAUGACGCAGGAUCAUCGAACCGACCUAUACUCUCUUGGUAUCUUAUUUUGGACUCUUCUCGUCGGCCGUGGCCAGAUGCCCUUCGAAGGAGGCCCCAUUGAAUUACUCCAUUCAAUUGUGCAGAAGCGACCUAUGCCUGUGCACGAAGUCCGCCGGGAUGUUCCGCAGGUUUUGGCGUCCAUCAUCGAUAAGCUGCUCGUAAAGAGUCCAGAUAUGCGCUACCAGAGUGCAUGGGGUCUAAAACAGGAUCUCAUGGAGUGUCAGCGCCGUCUGCUUGCAACUGUGUCCGCAACAUCAGAAGAGUCGACUGAGCUCAUACCACCAUUCGAUAUAACCGCGCAAGAUCGAUUCAUGGAUUUUACCAUCCCCCUCACCCUUUUCGGCCGCGAGAAGGAGCUCGAGACCGUGCGCAAUGUUAUUCGCAAUUGUACCGCCAGCUUUUCUGUGGACAUUUCGGCAAGCAGUGUGAUACGGUCAUCAGUAUCCAGCGGUGACCCCGCGGAUGAUCAAACCCAGGCACAUUCCGAGUCACCACACUCUUCUGUGCGGAGUGAAUCCCCGAUGGAGGACGUUAGCCUAAGCCUGAGCAUGCCACCUCCUAGCGUCGUUGGCGCCCCUUCAAGUACAGGCUCAGCUUCUGGAAUGACAGGGGUCGAUUCUUUGCGUCGAGUCGCAUUGCAUACCAAAUCAAGAACCGCACGAACACAUGCAGUCAUUGUAGUCGGACCACCUGGAGUGGGCAAAAGCUCCAUUAUAUUGGCGAACCAGGCCAAAUGGCGAGCUCAUGGACUAUGGGGGCAUGCCAAAUUUAUCAGCACCGACUCAUCCGGUCCAUUUUCUACCCUGCUUAGUUGUCUUGCAGCUGUCUUGCGGCAACUCAUGGUUUUUCAUACCGAUUUGCAGCGAUUCGUGAUUGCGUUGAAAGAAAGACUCGGACCCCAGAUGCAGAACGUCCCUUUGCUUUACGAUGGUACACCGGAGCUUAGGGAUGUGCUGGCUAUAUUCGACAUCGAACUGGCGACUCCCAAAGAGCACCUAAGCACGCGAGAGCUGCGCGCGCGUUUCCAAACGCUAGUUCAAAGCGUGUUCGCGGUUAUUGCCGAGACUCGCCUCUUCGCGUUAUUUUUGGACGAUCUCCACGAAGCCGAGGAGUCUACAUUAGAUCUUGUUGAAGCUCUCGUCAACGCCAAGGGUCGAAUGCUCAUCUUUGCGACAUUGCGGUCGGGUAAUCACUUUAACAUAACCGCAGCAGAAGGAAGCCUCGGCAGCAAGAAAAUCUCGGAUCCGACGGACUUGUCUUUCCUGAUAUCCAACCUUCGGGAGCUUCCGGAAGACGCCAAAAAGUAUCUUAGAUGGGCUGCAUUGUUUGGGGAAACUUUUAAUCUCACUGAAAUUGCGCAGCUUAUCGACGGAGAAGACAACAGCAGUAGCAGUGGGAGCUCUGGAGAAGAAGAAAUCGAAGAACGAUGGAGUAUUGCCCGAGCAGUCUCCAAUGUCCCCGAUGCCGUCUCGAUUGGAAAUGCGUCUGCCUCGAUGCGAGGACUACAGGUGGCAGUUGAGGAGGGAUGGAUUAUUCAGAGAGCCAGAGACAUGUGCAGUUUUGCCCAUGAUAGGUAUCGCCAAGCAGCUCAAGCAGACGUCGCCGCACUUCCGGAUGGCACAGCUGCCAAGAUGUCCCUGCGUAUUAUUCUGAUGAUGCUAAAUGAUGUCCCUGUCGACAUCUAUCGCAUAGCGGAACAUGCAAGCAACUGUCUCCCCUUGUUACGCGAUCAUCCGAGGCAUGAUGAUUUUCUAGACGUGCUGAUAGCAGCAGGCGAGUCAGCCUGGGCCAGAGGUGCACAUGAGCUCGCACUACGUUCUUUCAUCAAUGCGAAAACUCUGCUCCGAAAGAAUGCGUGGACCGCCAAGCCCAUACGAACCUUCAACCUGAUGCGCAGACUCGCUGCCUUGGCGUCGUGGGAGGGCGACUACGAACAAUCUGAAGCUAUCGUGCAAGAGUGCCUUACUCACGUUGAAGCCCCAGAGGACAAGGGCAUCCUUCUAUGGCAACGAUCGCGCAACAAUUGGCUUUGCAAUCGGUUUUCUGAAGCGUUGAAUGACACGCUCAACGCAUUGAAGAUCUUGGGUGUAGAGCUUACUUCAGUUCCGAGUAGGCGAGAUGCAGACCGGUUAUUUGAUCAAGUCCACAAUGAGAUACUGGCCGUUGGGUUCGACGAGAUUUUGUCCAUUCCUAGGACAACAGAUCCUCGUACCGAGCUCGCGGUCGCGUUAUUGAAUGAUGCUGGUAUCAACGCAUACUGGAGCCCAUCUCCAUUUGCAAUCGAAGUCAUUGGAUGUACCACGAUUCGAUUGGCGUUGCGGUCGGGUAUGAGUUCUGGGACUGCGAUCGGUUUCUUCUGGGCACUUGGAGCUGCUGCAGAGAGGAAGGAUCUAUAUCGACUCUCUGUUGAUCUCGCCCAAGUUGCCUUGAAAAUCGCGGACAAGCAUGGCGGGAGCGCUGACAAAUGCCGUGCUCAACUUUUGUACGGCGCUAUGGUGUCCGGUUAUGACAAUGUGCAUAUUCGAGCCAACUUGGAUCGUAUGCAAAUAGCGAUGCAAUAUGGGCAUAGUGCGGGUGACAGAGUAUACACAAGCUUUGCUAUCAUCCACUUGACUUUGACGCGGUUGUUCGUCUGUGAACAUCUGAAUGAACUGGCCGUUGCUGCUGAAGAGUGUCUCACGGAUGUACAACAUUGGGCACCGAAGGGACCUGCACCAGCGUUAGCAAUGGGGAACCUUAAUUGCAUUCGCGCUCUGGCGGGUUUGACCAUUGCGACGUCUGCUGCGACGGCGUUCGACACGGAAACAUUUGUGGAGAGCGAAUAUUCUGCCAAUCUACGUGCCACGUCAGGAAAUGUUCCUCUUGCUCUCAACUGGUAUGAUUCCAUGAAGAUUGUCGGCCUGUUCAGUCUCGGAUAUGUCUCUGAGGCUGCAGCACUUGGAUUUGAGGUGUAUCUGAUAAGAGAGAAACACCCAAAUCAUCGCCAUGUUCGAUAUGGUCUCUUCUUCCAUAGUCUCGCGUUGAUUGCGUGUCUUCGAACGGGCGACCUUUCCGAGGCUGAUCGUCGGCGCUAUUGGGACCAGGUACACAAGAAUCAGAGCUAUAUCUCCAGAUGGCGCUCUCCGAGUCCUGUGAAUAAUAGUACAUGGGUUGCUCUCGUGGAUGCCGAGCUGGCCUCAUUAACUGACAGUUCUGAGGCAAUCAAGCUGUACGACGCGGCAGUGAGGCUAGCAGUUAGCAACGACUGGAUCAAUGAAGAAGGAUGGGCUCUCUUCCUGCAAGGGUCCCAUUUUGUUCGUCAAGGUGUCUAUGGUCUUGGGAGUGAGCUCCAACGAAGGGGUAUAUCAUGCCAUGCGAAAUGGGGAGCAAAGGGAAUUGUGAACCAUCUAAACGCUACUCUCGGAUCUGACUCCCAAGGACCCCCCACCCGUGCUGUCUUUUACUGUGAUGCAGCUGUUCAAACGGAUAGCAUUGCAGUCGGAAUUGGUGCACUACAACCAUCACCCUCUGACCGACAGCAUUCCAAACUCGGGGCUGACGACUUGUGGGCCAUUCUCAAAUCGAGUCAAGAUAUCUCGAGCGAUAUCAACCUCUCUUCUGAGAUCUCCGCUUCACAAAAUACUUGUGUGGUCAUUGCCCGAGAAGCUGGUGACUAUACCCUGGCCACUAGCUUAACUAAGCCAGAACCGUGUCAGGUCUACGACAAUCCAAGGUCCAUCAGGACAUUGUCGGACCCUCUACAGAAAGCAAUAAUUGAGCAGACUCUCAACACGAAGGAACCUUUUUUCUGCGACGAUGCCUCUUUAGAUCCCAAAUUCUCCGCAGAAGCUACCCAGUCAAACCAUCGUGCCAUAAUAUGCCUUCCUAUACGAAGUAAUCGGGGUCAGACGUUUGGCUGCCUUAGCUUCCAGUCGAAAUACCCGUUCUCCCCUUCGAUAUUCACUAUGCUCACGCUUUUAUGUCAACAAGCGAGCAUCAGCGUAGCAAAUGCUCUGCUUUUCCGAUCAGUGCAAGCGGGGACGCGCGAGAAUCUCAAGAUGAUUGCUGCGCAGAAGGAGGCAUUAGAGGCGGCGAGAAAAAGUCGAGAGGAUGCUUUGACUGCGACCAAAAUCAAAGGGCAUGUAUCGAGGCACUCACCGAAGCCUCACGAGCUGCGAACGCCAUUCAGCUCCUUCUAUGGACUCUUGGACCUCUUGAGCGGGACAGAACUUGACCCUGGUCAGAGUGAAAUUGUACAAACAGCAAAACAGUCAUGCGAGCUGUUGUUGAGGAUUAUCGACUCCAUUCUCGACUACAGCAAACUAGAAGCCUCCGCGGUGAAACUGGAGCCUUCGGGAUUUCUUGUGGAGAGUAUUCUCGCGGACUGCAUGGAGCUCCUCCUCCCGAUGGCAGCGCAAAAAUUAGAUCUCACGUUCAAUAUUGAGCCCAAUGUUCCUGCUUGGGUCUUCUCGGAUUAUGCACGGAUUCGACAAGUACUCAUGAACUUGAUUGGCAACGCUGUCAAGUUUACCGCAAGCGGCUCCGUCAGAGUCUUAUGCUCUCUUGACGGUAGCAUGACUACGUCGGAUGAGGUUCGUCUCAAAUUCGCCAUCCAAGACACAGGCAUCGGCCUUUCAUCGAGUGACGUGGAGCUCCUGUUUGUUCCCUUCCAGCAAGCAGACAACUCUUCGACGCGGCGAUUUGGAGGGACGGGUUUAGGGUUGUCAAUAUCUCGCCAAAUCGUCAAACUAAUGGGUGGAGCCAUUGGUGUCAAUUCAGAAUUGCAUGUUGGAAGCACGUUCUGGUUUACGAUUCCCGUCAAGAUCUAUGACGCAGCAGAGUCGCGAAAGUUCAUCUCUGAUCUGGAAACCGUUCGGUCCGUUCUUAUACAUCCCCGGCCAAUGGACGUCCUAGUUUGUUCUGCGUCAGAAUACACACUCGCCUUCCUCAAAACCAUAUUCGACGGUCUUCGCGUGACGCUUGUGGCCACACUCGCCGACGCUGAAGCGCGGUUGCGCUCCUAUGGGGAGACCCGCCAGCCGUUGGACUUUGUCAUUCUGGACGAUCAGUCUGAGACACAUGCGGAUGAAAUGGCAACAUUUUUACGCUCGCUGGGCGUCACCUCGCUGCAUGGACAGGAAACCAAGAUCAUCCACAUGUACACCCCCACGAUGAACCGCUCCUCGCACUCCAUAUUCAGUAGCAGCACACCUGGGGUCGUGAAGAUGACCAAGCCUCCACGCAAGGCGCGGAUAUUGCAGACACUGGCGGGGCUGAAGGACCUUUCGCUCCCCCACACUGUCCCGGCCACCACCUUUUCGCACAUCGGAAAGGCGAUGGAGAGCAUCGAGACGGCACGGCGGACGCUGUUUGGCAAUGUUCUUGUUGCAGAAGAUAACAAACUCGCACAAGAUGUCUUGGUCAAACAGCUGCAAAAACACGACUUGAAUGUUGUUGCCACCUCGGACGGGAACGAGGCCCUCGUUGAGUGGCAGAAACACGAACCGGGUUACUUUAGUGUCGCGCUGUUUGACCACCACAUGCCUGUGUGUGAUGGAGUCGAGGCGGCAAAACGGUUGCGUCAUCUGGAACAGAAACGAAAGGCCCCAGUAUCCUUACCGAUCAUUGCUCUCAGCGCCGAUUGUCAAGAAUCCACCAAACAACUAUGCUUGAGUGCUGGGAUGAACGCGUUCUUCAGUAAACCUCUGAAAAAGAGCGACUUGAUUUCUCUGUUGUCGAUGUUUGGGGCUCCUCCUGCUUAA